CCCUUCAGCCAACGAGGCAGGCGUGUUUCACGCCCGGGCCAGCUUGCCUUUGCCAAGCCUUCUCAGUCACCGCUUGCUGCCGCCGGCGGGCCGCGCUUGGGCGUGCUUGAUUCACUGCCUGCUUGCCUGCACACUCAGCAAUCCCCUCUCACUGACCGACCAACACCCACAACAGCCUCACUUCCGACCCUCCUCCUCCCUCAUCCUCCUCAUCCCCCACCGCUCGACCGACUGCCACCCUCCCGACGCCUGGUAGAGAUACCGGGCACACGCCCCCCUUCGCCGAUCCGCUCCACCCCAACAAACAACAACAACACGCAAAUCCUCUCUGCUGGUCAUCCGCAAUCAUGACGACCAUGGACCUCCGCGUGGGGAACAAGUACCGCAUCGGCCGUAAAAUCGGCAGUGGCAGUUUCGGCGAUAUCUAUCUGGGCACUAACAUCAUCUCGGGAGAGGAAAUCGCCAUCAAGCUGGAGAGUGUCAAAGCCAAGCAUCCCCAACUCGAAUACGAGGCCCGCGUGUACAAAUCCCUCGCCGGAGGCGUCGGCAUCCCCUUCGUCCGCUGGUUCGGCACCGAGUGUGACUACAACGCCAUGGUCCUCGACCUGCUCGGCCCCUCGCUCGAAGACCUCUUCAACUUCUGCAACCGCAAAUUCUCCCUCAAGACUGUCCUGCUGCUCGCCGACCAGCUCAUCUCCCGCAUCGAGUACAUCCACGCCAAGAGCUUCAUCCACCGUGACAUCAAGCCCGACAACUUCUUGAUGGGCAUUGGCAAGAGGGGCAAUCAGGUCAAUGUGAUUGAUUUCGGGCUGGCCAAGAAGUACCGCGACCCCAAGACACACUUCCACAUUCCCUACCGUGAGAACAAGAACUUGACCGGUACCGCACGAUAUGCCUCGAUCAACACGCACUUGGGUGUCGAACAAUCCCGCCGUGACGACAUGGAAUCGCUUGGAUACGUCAUGCUCUACUUUUGCCGUGGCAGCCUGCCGUGGCAAGGCCUCAAGGCGGCCACCAAGAAGCAGAAGUACGACCGCAUCAUGGAGAAGAAGAUGACGACGCCCACCGAGGUUCUGUGCCGUGGCUUUCCCAACGAGUUCGCCAUCUAUCUCAACUACACUCGCAGCCUGCGCUUCGAUGACAAGCCCGACUACUCCUACCUCCGCAAGAUCUUCCGUGACCUGUUCGUACGUGAGGGCUUCCAGUACGACUACGUCUUCGACUGGACCGUCUACAAGUACCAGAAGAAUGCCCAGGCCAUCGCUGCCGCUCAGGUGCAGCAGCAGACCGCGGAAGACGGAGCUGACGAGAAAAACGGCCGCAACCGCACUGGACAAGCCACCGGCGGCCAGACCGGCAACGGCGGACUGACCGACAAGCGUCGUGGACCCGUCAACCCGCGGACGACUGAGGGCAAUGGGAUGUGAGUGAGCUGUAUCUGCCCACACGACGCCGCCCUCUCCAUAAUUCGCGUAUUGAGUGUAAGACGAGCCUUCUCCUCUAUUGCGUUGCGGUUGCCUUUGUGCUCCCCCUUGAUUGACGCGCUAUGAGAAGGCUCGAAGACUUUGACUGACAAGUGCAUGCAGGAAGCUUCGUUCAAGCAGGCGUGGCGGCGGCGGUGCGGCGGGUUACAACAACGAUUGAUUCUCGAUGGCGUAUCCGCGUACACGACAGGAU